CAGAAUGAAGCGUUUCACGUGCGUCGUGGCGCCCGCGCAAGAUCCAUGCGUACGCGGUUGCUGCCAGAUCCAUGCCAGAUGUACAUAUGUGUUCUACGCGGUUGCUUCAGCAUAGAUAUAGGGUAUUAUUUGGUCAUUUUAAUAAACGUUUUAACAACAACAGACAGCAUGUAAGUGUUGAGCUCAAAAAAUCCUGUGGAGGAGUUGCUUCGACGCCUUCUUUAAAGCGUAAGAUCCGCGGCACUGUGAUUAUCGACGCUGUCACAAUACCGAGAUAUGGUUGGACUAUACUGCCAGUGCGCCGGUGAAGAACGCCGAAGUGGACCGUCGCGCGACUCUGGCGGGAAAGGCCGCGCUGUCCGCGUCGUCGUGGGAGCGGCGGGCCGCGAACCGUGCGGCGGUUGCCGUCGACCCUGGGACUUGGGGGCCGACUGGCGGGCGUGCGGGUGGCCGCGAACCAAGUCAGAGACGUUGCGUCCACCGCGAAGAACGCGAUGGGCCAAGGUGAGCGGACUUCCGCAGACACGAGGGGGAAGCCAAGGCCGUUCCCAGCUGCCCGCACAGCCGCCAGCGAGCGGCGGCGCCGCCACUCGCGCCCGGGCUAGUCGUGCGGCUCCUAUGGGAUACUCCUCGACGCCGGAUACUCGCACACACUCGUGUGCUUCCACAAUUUCCCUCGUGGUUUGAUUCCUAUGCCUAUACAAAAUGUCGGUGCUACUAAGACAAGGAAGUAUGCUCCCCCCGCUCCUGCACAGGCUACUGUUUAAGAUGAGCCUAUUCCACGACAUCAAACUCAAGCGACGGAAAGUGGACUCGCGCGGCAGCAGCGAUGGAGAGAACAACGGUGAUGUGAACACGUCGUCGCCUGAGCCGCCGCCGCCACCGCCGCCGCCGCCGCUGCAACAGCAGCAGCAGCAACAGCAGCAGCAGCAGCAGCAGCAGCAGUCACCGGCUCAGCAGCAACAGCCACUGUCGCAGCCGUUGCAGCAGCAGCAACAGCAGUCACCGGCUCAGCAGCAACAACCACUGUCGCAGCCGUUGCAGCAGCAGCAACAGCAACAGCAGCAGCAGCAACAGCAACAGCAACAGCAGCAGCAGCAGCAGUCGCAGCAACAGCAGUCACAGCAGUCGCAGCAGCACCAGCCGCAACAGCCACAGUCACAACAGCCAGCGGCGGCAUCGUCAUCUUCAGGGCCCUGUGCAUCAUCGUCCAGCGGUGCCGCAACCCCAGGACCUCCAGCGCGACGGACGGACGAGUCGCCGCCUCCCCAGGGCUCUGGCCGGCUAGCGGCUCCGGCUGACUCGGACGACGAGGAGCGGCGCGCGGGACCCGCAGCCAGUGCCUGGACUCCAGACUCGAGCGCCUUCAACCGGCCCAAGGAGGACGAAGGCCUGCCCGUUGUGCGGCGCAUGUACAGGCCUGCCCCGCAGGUGGUCAGCUGGCCGGCGGGCACACCGUCAGCCACCGAGGUGGGCCGUGAGGGCUACGCACCGCCGUUCCCGGCUGCCGCCUUCCAGCGGUCGCCCAUUUUCUACCGGCGUGCCUCCACGUCGGCCGCCGGCUCCGAGGAAGAGGCGAGCUGGCGCCGGGACGAAAACCCGGAGCCAGCAGCGUCGUGGGUCGACAAGUUGCCGGACUCGCAGGCGCUGAACCUGUGCGUAGCCGCUGGCGUGACGCCGUCCACGUCACGGGGAGGCGCCGAAGACGAGGACGACCAGCCCAUGGUGUGCAUGAUCUGCGAGGACAAGGCGACGGGUCUGCACUACGGCAUCAUUACCUGCGAAGGGUGCAAGGGAUUCUUCAAGCGGACCGUGCAGAACAAGCGUGUGUACACGUGUGUGGCGGACGGCAACUGCGAGAUAACCAAGGCCCAGAGGAACCGGUGCCAGUAUUGCCGCUUCCAGAAGUGCCUACGACAGGGCAUGGUUCUCGCAGCUGUUCGAGAAGACCGAAUGCCUGGUGGAAGAAAUUCAGGGGCGGUGUACAACCUAUACAAGGUCAAGUACAAGAAGCACAAGAAGGGCCCCAAGAACGGCCAGCUGAUGCUUCGCCAGGAGCCGGCGCCGGGCGUCAAGCCGCCCGCGGCCGCCAAGUCCCCGCCUGCCGAAGCCGCCGCCAAGGGUCCCUCGCCGCUUAUGAUGCAGGGUCCCAAGGCGCUGCUCGUCUCGGCUGCGUCCGCGGCCGCCACCACGGCGAGCGCGACGACCACGUCGACGAGCAGCACCACGACAACGACGACCACCAACGGCGUCCUGUCGUCGUCACCAAGGUACCACCAGAGCUCGGACUGGGUCAACGGUGGCAUCCUGAAGACGGCGCUGACGAGCCCAUCCGAGGUGAUGCAUCUGCGGCACGCCGUGCUCGAGCAGCAGCCGCGGCCGGAGCGGCGCACGCUGAGCGCUGAGCAGGCGGCGGCCAUGAUCGAGCAGCUGAUCGAGUGCGACGACUUCGAGGAUGUGGCGACGCUCAACAACAUGCGCGACCUGCUCAACGACUGGGAGGACCUGUCGCGCAAGCUCCGCCAGAUCGCCGACAAGAUCGUGCACAAGCUGGUGCAGUGGACCAAGCGGCUUCCCUUCUACGCCGAGAUCCCGCUGGCCGUGCACACGCAACUGCUGGCGCACAAGUGGCACGAGCUGGUCGUGCUUACCACGGCCGCCUACCAGGCCAUCCAGCUGCCGGCGCGCGUCGCCCUCUCGUCUUCGUGUUCGUCGUCGGGCUCGUCCGACGGCGGGCCCCACUCGCCGCCGGCCGACGUGAGUCGUGAGACGGCCGCGGCACUGUGCGAGCUGCAGCGCACGCUGGCCGCGCUCAUGGGCCAGCCCGUCACGCUCGUGCAGUUGCCCAGCGAGGCCGUGCCCCUGGUCGACCAGAUGACCGGGCUGGCCAGCGAGCUGCGCAAGGCGCGGCUCUGCCUCGAGGAGUACGUCUGCCUCAAGGUGGUCAUCAUGCUCAGCUACGAGGACCCGAACCAUCGGCAGCUCGAGAGCAUACAGGAGCGCUACCUGUCGGCGCUGCGGGUGUUCACCGAGCAGCGGUUUCCCAACCAAAGCUCACGCUUCACCGAGCUGCUGGCGCGGUUACCGGACAUCCAGGCGGCCGCCGCGUUGCUGCUCCACAGCAAGAUGUUCUACGUGCCCUUCCUCCUCAACUCGUCCAUCACCAGAUAGUCUCGCGGGAUGCCCUCCCGCCUGUGUGUGAUAUCAGAGACUGUGCCCGCCGCCCGAUUGCGCGGGGCUCCGACGCCCCGCCGUGCGCGCGAGCGCCCGCGACACCUCGCCGCAACGCACGGCCCACACCGCGUGUCGGGACCACGACGCCGUGGCAGCAAAGCCAGAACCCGGCGCACUGCGUUUCCCUCGUCCGACGCGAUCUCCUGGUUUGCCGGGCGUCUACAAUCAACCUCGACAAACGACGAUUCGGUAGCCAUCCUUCUUCAACUAGAUGAUCAGGUUGUAAUUCAUCAUAGUGAUUUGGAAGACUACGCGCACUUUCGGGCAUUCUAACGUCUCCAAGACUUCCAUGAAUCUACUGAAAAGCAAAAAUAGCAGGUUUCCUGCAGGCAGUCCGAUGUGCUGCGCACAAUGGCGUUGAGGCGUGGCGUCCCCGUGUUCUGAGAGAUAAAUUACGUUACAUUCUUUUCGACUCUUUUAUAGAACUCCCACCAAGGUAGGUCGCCGGUAUUUCACUAUUAUAGUGCAUAUAGGCGCAGCCUGAGGAUUAGACUGUAUUGCCGUAGCAUACCAGUGAGCCACGUCCAUCUCCUUGUUUGUUUCUUUUUUUAAUUCAGAGGAAGAAACUUUUCACCACCGGUUGAAUAACAGUGCUGUUUAACAACAGCAUGCACACACAAAAAAAGCUCUUUUUGAGUUGUAGCGCGUCAAAAAGGCAUUGACUAUUUUCCUAAAAGAAAAACCCUUUAAAUUAUUCAAAUCGCUACCUUUUAUUUCUCGCACUCUCUCUUUCUCAUAGUGGAGCAGGCCGGCAACGACAGAGUUUAAGGUUACAUAAUGUAGUACGUCGACCUUUUUGUUGGUCUCGCUCGAAACGGUAGCACGUUAUUAAGUUGUAAAACAAGCACGCUGUAUUCGUUUCUGGCAUAAAGGAUCCUCUCGCGCAGUUCACGGAUAUGGACGCCUCAGAGCGUUCACUUCUCAGGCCCCGCCAGCAUAAUAUGCGCCGCCGCCACUGGCUCGACACAACACCAAAAAAGACAGCGAUGGACGAGCGCUUGUGUCCGUGUGAAGCUUGGUGAAUUAUUAGAAGGGAUACGAUGACGGCGUGGCACAUCGCCUUUGUACGACGCCACUUGACUGCCUACGUAAGUCGCUGGGGAAACCUGCGUACAUGAAACCUUGGCACGCCGCCCGUCGUAGGCGCGAGCCUUUGUUCAGCGAACUACAGAGUACUGUCGAGUGAAACCUCAGAAAUAAACCAAACGAAAGAAAAAAACACGGGCUCAUAACUUCCGAAAACUUUAGGCGCAUUAAUUACCAGCACUCCCUUUCCACGUGGGAGCGGUGUACUUUGGAGCUCGUAUAGGUUGCCCUAAGCGAAGCUAUACACUGUCAACCAAGAGGUCCCCGCGCGGGUAGCCCGACAUCACAGCAGUCACUAAAGGUCAGAGCCAGGCAUCUUGUAUCAUAGCUAAUCAUUAUAUAUUUGCAGCUCAGCGUGAGAGGCGAGCGCAUUUUUUUUUUCGCGUGGCUCCAGCCCCUUCCCCCAAGAAGAAGGUUCUGUUCGCGCGUUCGUGAGCUUCCGUUGCGAGUGGUGUCCCAUCCUGCUAGUCUAUUUAUUUUGAGCACCCGUCUACGAGUCACAAUCCGGUACAGCACCCUCAUCGACCAUCCACGACACGACGGCGACGCUGUCCCUUCGCGAAGUGCCAAACGGCCCGCAGGCACCGGACGGAACACGAGCAGGUAUAAUCGAAAGACAAGGGACAAAAAGCCGCGCAUUCCCGCCGCUCGCAGUCACACAAGUGCGUCGGUCGCCUCAGCCGCGCUCGGUGGGCCGGUCGACUACAGGACCGAGCGGUCCCCGCGCAAUCGGGCUCCCGCUGUUCUGCCUGCGACGAGGCUUCGACGACGGGGCGCGUGCCUACGCGAGAGCUGUCCUUCGUACGCAUUGUUUUGCCACGCUGCGACGGACGAGACAAUGGGCAAAGGAUGUGGACAAUGGUGACUGUUUCGUAGUCUUCUUCAUUGUUUUCUCUUUUUUUUGUCUCAUUAUUAUCGCGUUUUUUUUUACGACGACCAAAAAGAAAUGUAUAGAGAGGGAGAAGAGAGCGCACAAGACAAGAAUGCUUGGACGGAUCCUUUCUUUCGCCUUUCUCACUCUACGGAGUGCAACCAGCAACAAGAAAUACUGCCGAAAUGAACUCUCUGACCACUGCCUUUGUAAGCUUUUUCCGUGUGCAUGCCCCAGGUUGUUCCGCCAUGGUGUCCUUUCCGAUGCCGCUUUUUAGUCCAGCCAGGGCCCGGGUCGGUGCGGCGUCGCGGCGGCGCCAGCCACGCACGCAGCGACGCCAGCAGCGGCGCGUAGUGAACACCCUUCGUGUCCCCCCCCCCCCCCCCCCCCCCUCUGCCAGUACGAGUGGCCCGUGGCCAGCACGUCCGCAGCAACCGCCUCGUGGGCUCGCGUAUCAAGCAUCACUUCCACAGGACACGCUUUUCAAUGGCAGCGACCACGCAGAGCCGAGCUACGUGGGCCGCCGCGGUAUACGCAAGUGCAAACUAGGUCCUCCGGGACCUAGUCGGGCGGUCCAACUCGACUAUUUGGGACGCGGUAUAAAUCGACGCUCAGCGACACUGCGGUGAGCAAGGUAGCGGCUGAGUCAGUACAGUAACGCGAGACAGGUCUCGAUCGCCAUCACUAUUUCCAGAACCCAACCGUAAAAAAAGAAGAAAUAUUAUUCAAAUAACUGAUAUAAUUUUGAGUGCCGACGGCAAGCGAGAAUAUAGGCCUAUCGGCAGCAUCGUCUGCGCCGACUGUCGAGCUGUGGUGCAUGUGUAGUACAUACUAUAGAGCGUUAGCUAAACCCAGUCGUACGAAAUUGAGCAAAAAAUAAAGUUGAAGACGAAGUCAGCGAACAAGAAUAGAAACGCGGUGCCUUUCGAGCGUUGGAAGUCGGUGGAAUGACCUAAGCGGGAGCAAUAAAAGGACUAAACGCGGCACAUCGCAAUUACAGUUCGGCUGACAGCAUCCCCGACCGACGACGUGUCCCACGCAGUGCACGCAGUAUGCGUGCGAGCCGUGCCGACUUCCGGGCUCGCCCCUGUGUGGGUCGGUUUCCACAAACAGGCCGAGCUGUGCACACGCUGUUCGAGCACGCGCCGGCGGUGGACCAGCCUUGGAAAGACGUGUCUUGCGCGAUGUUGUUAAGCCUGCAACACCAAACGUUGUUCCGUUGACUGCAUGUUGCCGUAUACCUUUUUCGGGUGUUGUGUGCAUCCUCAGCGGGCGUCUCUUGAGAUGUGUGUGUAACGUGGCCCCGGGCGUUUCACUGCUUUUUUUUUUGUCUCUCUUUUUUUUUUUGAAACGGUCGUUUCCUUCCUUCAUUUCUUACCCGUAUAACCGCCGGCCACGACGGCACCACGCCGAGCGGGCCCUUCUUGGACAAAUGUUUGUCCCUGGAAGCUCGCGCCCGCACCGGCGACCCCAUUCCUUCUCUGAUGCCCUGUUAGGAACUGGGGGACAGCAGUGCGAUAGGAAGAAAGGGUAAAAAAGCUAAAAAAAGAGUACAAUGCUGUCCUCACUUGUUUUUACACCCGACGUCUGCGCGCCGUUUCGGGUGGGAAUUCGUUGGCCAAUGUACGCACGCUGUUGGGUGUUUUCUUUCUUUUUUUUUUAAUUCCCCGCACCACCCCCAUUAUUAUUGCGUUAUUGCGGUCAGAUGUCGGCUACCUUGACAGCGAUGUUACUUGGGUUGUCCUCCGCUUUUUUUCUAUGUGCCCCUAUAGUGAUUAUUAUUUUUUUAUUCUGUUGUCAAGAUACGUUGUUGUAGUUAUUGCCGUUACGUGAACGACGUGAAGCGCGCAUUGUUGUCGCCGUUUUAAAUUUGUGCUUUAAGUGACACGGCUUCUUUUAAAUACCUUUUUUGUCUCCUGGUCGUUAUUGUUGUUGGUGGCCGUUUGGUGUGAAAACGCAAAGGACGCUCUACUCCCAGUGACCCGCGUUUGUCCUUUCCCUUCUCUUCUCUUCUUCUCACACAGCUCCCUCUUUCCUCCACAAUCGUGUACUACACCCACCCUAGUCAAAAGAAAAAAAAAUGUUUUUUUACUGCCUUUAUCGUCUUCGCCACAUUCUUAUAUAUAAAUAAAUGAAUGAAUAUAUAUAUAAAUAUAUAAGUAUAUAUAUGAAUAUAUAGAGAAAGGUCUAUGUAUACAACAAAACAGAGAACGAGCCAGAGAGAGAGAGAGAGAGAGGAAAAAAACGUGAGAGAGAAAUAUACGUUUAUGAGAAGACUGCUUUUCUACGUAGGAAGGAGGAAUGAAUGCAUGAAUGCUGAAGAAGGCAAUGGUGGAUCGACAAGCCAUCCCUGUGUAACUGCACGAGUACACCCCCACACACACGCACACGAAGACACAGAAACACAGAGCGACCAAAUCCAUCCAUGCAACUUUCCCUCUUUUUAUUAUUAUUUUUUUCUUGUUCUGGUCGCUCGGUAGCUUGUUUUCUUUCUCUUUUUUUUCGGGGGUUUCCUCUGCUGCCGCUUUUUUUUAAUAUAUAUAUUUUUUUACUAUUAUUCUUUCAGUGCCGACCUGAUCCAUCUAAGACGUUGAUGAGAACGAAAGGUUCCUGAAGGCCCCGUGAAGAGAUAGGGACAAAACAAAGAAAUAUAGUAGACAUUGAAAAACGACUAGCGAUUAACGGCGACAGUUUUGAAACUCACGGUAACCGCGCAACUCGGGCGACAAAAAAGAAAAAAAAAGACAGCCACAAGACCGCGUGCUGAACGUUUCACUCUUUCCUGCUUCUCUUUUCUGUGUUUUUUUUUCGAUAUAUGAAUGUAACUUGUUCAUUUGUCUCUUAAGCUCCUAGCCUCCCCCACCCACUUCUAUCACUUUUGUGUGUGUGCGUGUGUGUGCGUGUGUGUGCGUGUGCGUUUUCUUAGUGGUAUAAAGAGUUAGCGAAAUAAACGCCUGGCUUCUGUGACAGCCGCGAGCUAUAUGUAACAUACUAUAUUAACGCCAGUGCACUACGAGAACAACAAGAUAAGGAAGAGAAUGUAUUCUCCGCGGUUUAAAUAUGUAAGGAGGGGGGGCGAAAAGGGGAGGGGGGGACUAUGCGACACUGCCACGUGAUUCGUUCCGCCGUACACCUAUUUGUACAUAGUCGUGAAGGAAGUAUAGAUGUCAUACUGUGUGCCUCAAGUUUCAUUUUGUUUUUCCAUUGUUUCUGUUUCUCAUCCGUUCUUUUUUUUAAAAUUCCCGCCACGUCCUGGUCGCGUUCACCUACGAGAAACGCGCAAAACCACGCGAGGCGCACCACGCUACACCACGUUCUCAGAGAAACAUGCGGCGUGUUUAAAAUCCACCUCUGAAACCGCAGGCCAGCAACGACGACAAUGAGAAAGCAAAAAGAAAAAAAAUCCAUACGUGCGACCCAAGCUAUGCGAUUUCUUCUUACUUGAGGAAAGAUACAAACGGCCGAGUGCUUCACCGUUUUACAGUGUCGUGCACUCGAACUGGUCCCUCGCUCCGAUACACCUGAUGAUGAUGAUGAUGAUGAUGAUGAUGAUGAUGAUGAUGAUGAUGAUGAUGAUGACAACGCUUAGGUGACCGUGACUUAAAGCUUUGUGAGAAAAAAAAAUGAAACUUCUUUUUUUUUCGCCUCCGCCGUUUGACGAUGAAAACCAUUCCCGGUGUUCAAGCAUACACGCGGACGGCGACAAUGCGCCCGCCACAUGACCAAACAACAAUAAGACGAGUAAGCGCCGCUUGGGCAUUUUCUUCCUUCUUUUUUUUCCGAGUACGCGAUGAGUGCAAAGGCAAUAGGCUGAGCCCUCCGCGGGUCUCCGCACCAAAUAGCAGGAUCGAAAACGCGAGACGUGGCACAGGCGCAGAUAAUACAGACAGAGACGGUGCCGCGCUGGCUAUUUUUUUUUUUUUCACGUUGAGAAGUACAGGGUGCCUCUACGCAGCAGCGCCUAAUUUAAGGACAAAGGGUUAUCUGUAAUGAGUUGGGUUUGGUGGCUCUCGAUUUGUGCCACUGGAAGCGGCGUACCUACCGACUCCCACUCUCUCUCGCGCCUACUACUCUUCUUUUCCCCUACUACAAGGUAGCAGACUUUUCUCUGAAUGAACAAAAAGAAAGAAAGAAAGAAACAACUAACUACAAGUAAAUAAAAUUUCGGGGGCUACCGAAUAAUUUCUACCAUUCGGGUUUUCUUUAACGUGCGCCCGAAGCACGGCGCACGAGCUUGUCUUGCAUUGCGCCCCACAUUGCAAUGCAGUCGCCUCAGUCGGGCAACGAACCCGUAACCUCGUGCACGCCAACGCUGUGCCACAGCGGCGGGUUUCAUCCGAACGGCUUUAUGCCUUUCGACUAAAUGGUGUGUGGCAUUGAAGUUUCCUGUGUUUCCAAAAAUAAAUUAAAGAAUGGAAGAACAGGAACAGAAAAGGGAUGUAGUGAGGCGGAGCAAGCUGAGCUAGAAGCCGGCAACAAAGCUACGCUUGAAAGCGGAACGAAAGGAAUACAUUGGCGCUUUAGUUUAAUCGCGCUCUCUCGCAUUAAGCUGAUUUCCCGACCCGUAAGUUCGCGACGUUUCUACCGGUAUUUUUUUUCUCUCUCUCUCACGGCGCACCUUUGAAAUAAAUAAAAAGGAAAACACGUGAUCGGCCGGCUUAAUUUUUUUCUACAUAUACGUGCGAUAUUAGUUAAGCGUUGCCUACAUACUUUAUCGAAAUCAAGAUAGAGCACUUGGCGUCUGCUAUCUCUACUCGCGUGGGCUAUGCCCCUUCCGGUAACGCAAACGAAAAUUGCAAACUCAAGCCCAAAAGAUUUCCCUUCCUUCUGAAAUUCGGUACACUAGAAAAAAAAAACACCCUGUAUUUCUUGUGUUCUUUCUUCACUCAUCUGGCGGAUCGCUGCGUUUCUCGUUUUGUACAAAAAAUUUCGUUUCUACAUUUUCAAAGGAGACGAGCAAAAGAUAAAAAAAUGUGAAGAUAUAUAUAAAU